UAUGCCCCAGACGCCUCCCUUCGCCGCCAUGUUUGACAGCAGUGGCUACAGCCGAUACCUGUUCCAGUCCAAAGAGGACAGCUGUGAAGGGUUGUAUUACCAUGACAACAACUUGCUCUCAGGAUCCUUGGAAGCUCUCAUCCAGCACUUGGUGCCCACUCUUGAUUACUACCCGGAUAGAACAUACAUCUUCACUUUUUUGCUGAGCUCUCGGCUUUUUGUACAUCCUUAUGAAUUAAUGGCAAAAGUCUGCCAUCUCUGCACCGAGCAGCAGAGGCGAGCGGAUUCUGCGACUGAUCAAAGCCGGUUAAGGAAAAUUGCCCCCAAAAUCCUGCAGCUCUUGGCGGAAUGGACGGAGACGUUUCCGUACGAUUUUCGAGAUGAGCGCAUGAUGAGAAAUCUAAAGGAGCUGGCCCAUCGUAUAGCCAGUACAGAUGAGGCCUAUCGGAAAAACGUGCAGCAAAUCAUCCAGAGCCUCAUUCGUAAGCUGGCCUCUCUUAACCAAUAUGAGGAAGUUCUUGCAAAAAUCAAUGCUACUUCAACCGACAGACUGACAGUAUUAAAGACCAAACCUCAGGCCAUCCAACGGGAUAUCAUCACCGUCUGCAGCGACCCUUACAUGUUAGCCCAGCAGCUGACUCACAUAGAGCUUGAGAGGCUUAGUUAUAUUGGACCACAAGAAUUUGUCCAAGCUUUUGUACAGAAGGACACUCUGGACAUGGAGAAGAGUUCUUAUGGAGAUCGGAAGAAGUCUCGGAAUCUGGAAGCUUACGUGGAAUGGUUCAAUAGACUGAGUUAUUUGGUUGCCACCGAAAUAUGUAUGCCUAUAAAGAAAAAACACAGAGCAAGAAUGAUAGAAUACUUCAUUGACGUCGCCCGAGAGUGUUUCAACAUCGGCAACUUCAACUCUUUAAUGGCUAUUAUUUCUGGAAUGAAUAUGACUCCUGUCUCCAGAUUAAAGAAAACUUGGUCAAAAGUCAAGACGGCUAAGUUUGACAUUCUGGAGCAUCAAAUGGACCCUUCCAGCAAUUUCUACAAUUACCGCACGGCGCUCCGUGGGGCCACCCAGAGAUCUUUGACAGCUCACAGCAGCAGAGAGAAGAUUGUGAUCCCAUUUUUCAGCCUGCUUAUCAAGGACAUUUACUUCCUCAAUGAGGGCUGUGCCAACCGCUUGCCCAAUGGCCAUGUCAAUUUUGAAAAGUUUUGGGAAUUGGCGAAACAAGUGAGUGAGUUUAUGACCUGGAAGCAAGUGGAAUGUCCUUUUGAGAGGGACCGGAAAAUCCUUCAGUACCUGCUCACCAUUCCAGUUUUCAGUGAGGACGCACUUUAUUUGGCCUCGUAUGAAAGUGAAGGUCCAGAGAAUCACAUUGAAAAAGACAGGUGGAAGAUGCUCAGGUCCACGCUCCUGGGAAGAGGUUAAUGUGUGACUGGUGCUUCCCGCAGUUGCUGCUAUGAUCUUGACAUGGGUUCUUAGGAUGAAGGCCAUGGCUGAGGUCUCUUAUUUAUUUACCCAUCCCUCCUCCCCUCGACGACCAAGAGGCACGUUUUUAAGUUAAUGAGAGCUAAAAUAAGUUGGUGAAGAGCAAGCCGGGACAUGAUGUUGAGAAGACAGCCACGUUGGCAUGAGUCAGGAAAAGGCAGCUUCUCCUACCCACUGAUGGGCAAAUGAAAGGGCCAGGUGGGUGGCAUGAGGUCGAUCAAGGAGAACCCAGUGAAGGAAGCCUUUCGAAGAUCCGAAUCUACUGUGAAUCAUUUUGAAGCACCUGGAUGGGAUUCCCCC